AUGGAACAAUUUAAACCCUCAUCUCAGCUCAAUUUCGAUGGGAAUCUCGGAGAGAAUUGGAAAACGUGGAGGCAGCGCUUCGAGCUUUACCUCACGGCGUCAGGUGCGGUAAGAAAAGAUGGUGCUACGAAGAUUGCUAUACUACUCCACACGAUCGGAGACAAAGGAAUAAAAAUUUACAAUACCUUCACAUAUGAGGAUCAAGAGGACAAUGACAAUCUUGAUGUAGUUCUACAGAAAUUCAAUGAGUACUACUCCAGGCUCAAGGAACGGCUAUUGAGAGACGCCGACAAUCCUAAACUCGACAGGAUCGUUGAGUUAUGCAGGGCCGCCGAGGCGAGCGCUAGACAGUUCAGAGAAAUAGAAAACGUUGCUACUACAAGUAUUAAUGCCGUAUCGAGCAAGAGACAGAAAUACCGUCAGCUCCAGGCUAAGUCCCAGACUGGGAAGUUUCACCACAAACCUAAGCCGCAAGCUGCAUCAAAAUUCAACUGUGGUGCUGAAGCAAAUGUGUUGCCCGAGAAACACUACGCGAAACUACACGUGAAACCGUGUCUCCGUAAGACACAAACCGUACUAUCUGCGUAUGGAGGGUUGAAACUUCAGCCACUGGGAUGCAUCUCUACCAAAAUACGUGGCACAGACGUUGAGCUGUAUGUAGUGAAAACUGACUCUGAACCAAUACUAGGUCUCAAAUCGUGUCAGAACUUGAAGCUCAUUGCUAAGCUAGAAAGUGUGAUAGAGGAGAAACCCCUCACAAGAGAUAACGCCAUGAAAGAAUAUGAGAAUGUGUUUAAAGGGCUCGGAAAAUUUGAGAGAACAUAUAAGAUUGAGCUAGACCCCAGCAUCAAUCCAGUAGUUUACCCGCCCAGGAAGGUCCCCUUCAGCCUUCAACGGAAGCUGAAGGACACCCUGGACAGAAUAGAGGCAGAAGGUGGCAUAACCCCCGGUGAGGAGCCCACAGACUGGGUGAACAGUCUCGUGAUAGUGGAGAAAAAGAACGGUUCUCUACGACUCUGCUUAGAUGCGCGCGACUUGAACACGGUCAUAAGGCGAAAACAUUACAAAAUACCGACGCCGGAAGACGUUGCUGCACAAUUACAUGGCAAGAAAUUCUUCACGAUCCUGGACGAGAAAGUCCCUAUGCACGUUCAAUACGCCGUAUUCCCGAUACCGGUUUCUGAGAAUGCCUUUCGGUAUCUGUUCAGCCAGUGA